CCGAGUGGGGGGCGGCGGCCAGCAUGCGGGCCCGCAGCGCCCUGCCCCGCAGCGCCCUGCCCCGCUUGCUGCUGCCACUGCUGCUGCUGCCAGCCGCCGGGCCGGCCCAGUUUCACGGGGAGAAGGGCAUCUCCAUCCCGGACCACGGCUUCUGCCAGCCCAUCUCCAUCCCGCUGUGCACGGACAUCGCCUACAACCAGACCAUCAUGCCCAACCUUCUUGGCCACACGAACCAGGAGGACGCGGGUCUGGAGGUGCACCAGUUCUACCCGCUGGUGAAGGUGCAGUGCUCGCCCGAGCUGCGCUUCUUCCUGUGCUCCAUGUACGCUCCGGUGUGCACAGUGCUGGAGCAGGCCAUCCCGCCGUGCCGCUCCAUCUGCGAGCGAGCGCGCCAAGGCUGCGAGGCGCUCAUGAACAAGUUCGGCUUCCAGUGGCCCGAGCGCCUCCGCUGCGAGCAUUUCCCGCGUCAUGGCGCGGAGCAGAUCUGCGUGGGGCAAAACCACUCCGAGGACGGAGCUCCUGCGCUACUCACCACCGCGCCGCCUUCCGGGCUGCAGCCCGGCGCGGGUGGCACCCCGGGCGGCCCUGGCGGCGGUGGCGUGCCCCCACGCUACGCCACUCUGGAGCACCCUUUCCACUGCCCCCGCGUCCUCAAGGUGCCGUCCUAUCUCAGCUAUAAGUUUCUAGGUGAGCGUGAUUGUGCAGCGCCCUGCGAGCCCGCACGGCCCGACGGCUCCAUGUUCUUCUCGCAGGAGGAGACGCGUUUUGCCCGUCUCUGGAUCCUCACCUGGUCGGUGCUGUGCUGCGCUUCCACGUUCUUCACGGUCACCACCUACUUAGUGGACAUGCAGCGCUUCCGCUACCCAGAGCGGCCCAUCAUCUUCCUGUCCGGCUGCUACACCAUGGUGUCGGUGGCCUACAUCGCGGGCUUCGUGCUCCAGGAGCGCGUGGUGUGCAAUGAGCGCUUCUCUGAGGACGGUUACCGCACGGUGGUGCAGGGAACCAAGAAAGAGGGCUGCACUAUACUCUUCAUGAUGCUGUACUUCUUCAGCAUGGCCAGCUCCAUCUGGUGGGUGAUUCUCUCCCUCACCUGGUUCCUGGCAGCCGGUAUGAAGUGGGGCCACGAGGCCAUCGAGGCCAAUUCGCAGUACUUCCACCUGGCCGCCUGGGCCGUGCCGGCCGUCAAAACCAUCACCAUCCUGGCCAUGGGCCAGAUCGACGGCGACCUGCUGAGCGGCGUGUGCUUCGUGGGCCUCAACAGCCUGGACCCGCUGCGGGGCUUCGUGCUGGCGCCGCUCUUCGUGUACCUGUUCAUCGGCACCUCCUUCCUGCUGGCCGGCUUCGUGUCGCUCUUCCGCAUCCGCACCAUCAUGAAGCACGACGGCACCAAGACCGAGAAGCUGGAGAGGCUCAUGGUGCGCAUCGGCGUCUUCUCGGUGCUCUACACGGUCCCGGCCACCAUCGUCAUCGCCUGCUACUUCUACGAGCAGGCCUUCCGCGAGCACUGGGAGCGCUCGUGGGUAAGCCAGCACUGCAAGAGCCUGGCCAUCCCGUGCCCGGCCCACUACACGCCGCGCAUGUCGCCCGACUUCACAGUCUACAUGAUCAAAUACCUCAUGACGCUCAUCGUGGGCAUCACGUCGGGCUUCUGGAUCUGGUCCGGCAAGACGCUGCACUCGUGGAGGAAGUUUUACACGCGUCUCACCAACAGCCGGCACGGCGAGACCACCGUGUGAAGCGGCCUCGCCUGGUGGGCACCCCCUCCCUCCCCCAGGGCCGGACCGCGUGGUGCCCUCCUUCACUCGGGAGGGGGUGCGCCCUAUGGACUCCUAUUUUAUUUUUUUAAAUAAAGAACAGUAAAAACCAUCUUAUUUUAGGUCGCUUUUUAAAAAGAACUCUGUCCAACACCCCUACCAGGUUUGUAAUUAAAACUGUAAAUAGU